ACAAGCCACCACCGUAUGACAAGUUGACAGACAAUUGGGGGAACAACAACUGUGAUUAAAACAAAAAAAGGUGAAAUGUUAGAAGCAUUGGACACCUCUGGCCCUGCUAGUCUUCCGUGAGAUAAUCCCUCACAGAAAGAAGCUUUCUCUAUCCUCACAGAGGUUUCUAAGUUCUACAGGCCUCUCUCAUCAAGGGCAAAGCAGGUAAAGUUUCAGUUUCACAAAGAAAAGCAAAAGGUGGCAUUUACCAUAAUGGAGAGUGAGAGCCGUAAGGGCCCCCAGGAGAGCCUCCUGUCAUCCCAGAGUGGGAAAUCUACCAUGAAGGACAAUCAUCAAUUGAUCCUGGCUGCUCGAACAGGAGAUGUGGAGAAGGCCCAACAAUUGCUAGAAAGGGGGGCUGAUGUCAACUUCCAGGACGAAUGGGGCUGGGCGCCCUUACACAACGCUGUGCAGAACGGCAAGGAGAACCUUGUGGACCUUCUGCUGCUCCACGGCGCCGACCCUCGUCUCAGGAAGCGCAAUGGGGCCACGCCCUUCAUCCUUGCUGGGAUUGCGGGCCAUGUGAACCUGCUCCAGCGUUUCCUCUCUUUUAAAGGAUCAGACGUCAAUGAGUGUGACUUCAACGGCUUCACGGCUUUCAUGGAAGCUGCUGCCUAUGGUAAAAUCGAAGCGUUAAGGUUCCUGCACGAAAGAGGAGCGGACGUGAACUUGCGCCGAAACCCAAAGGAGGAGCAAAAGAAGCUGCGGAAAGGAGGGGCCACGGCUCUCAUGGAUGCUGCGGAAAAAGGCCAGGUGGACGCCUUGACCAUCCUCCUGGACGAGAUGGACGCAGAUGUCAACGUCCGCGACAACCUGGGCAGAAACGCCUUGGUCCACGCGCUCUUGCGCUCUCGCGACGGGAAGCUGAGCGCCACCACCGGUAAGGCCAUCACCCGCGUGCUGCUGGACCGCGGGGCGGACGUCAGGGUGAGGGGCGAAGGAAGGAAAACGCCCCUGAUCCUGGCGGUGGAAGCCAAGGACGUGGACUUGGUGCGGCUGCUUCUGGAUCAAGAGCGAAUCGAAAAGAACGAGACGGACAGCGAAGGGCAGACGGCUCUGAUGAUGGCCGUGCGCCUGGGCCUGGGGGACACGGCCCGCUUGCUGUGCGCGCGCGGGGCCAGCGUGCACUGUGGGCCUCUGGUGAUGGAGGCCCUGCGGAAUCACGACAGUUCUCUGGCAGAGUUUCUGCGCAGUCAGGGCGCCACCGAGGACGUCCCGGUCCCUGCGGAGGACUGGCAACCUCAGAGUCCACGUUGGAGGGCCGCCCUGGAAAAACUCCACAGGAUACACCGCCCGAUGAUCGGCAAACUCAAGAUCUUUAUCGUGGACGAGUACAAAAUUGCUGACACCUCCGAAGGGGGCGUCUACCUGGGUUUGUACCAGGAGCAGGAGGCCGCUGUGAAGCGGUUCCGCGAGGAGAGCCCACAGGCUGAGAAGGAACUCCUGUGCCUGAAAGACAUCCGGUGGAACAGUCACUUGGUGACAUUCUGUGGGAGCGAGAGCCAAGGGGGUUGUGUGUACGUGUGCCUCGCCCUCUGUGAGCGAACGCUGCAGGAGCACUUUGCUCUGCCCAGCGAGGAAGCCGCUGCAGAACACGACGACCACCAGGAAGAUGAGUUUGCCAGGAAUGCCCUGCUGUCUGUAUUUAAAGCUCUUGAAGAACUACACCAGGUGUACGCCCACCAGGAUCUGCACCCACAAAACAUCUUACUAGAUUCUAAGAAUGACGUUCGGUUGGCAGACUUUGACAAAAGCAUCAAGCGAACUGGAGAUCCACAGGAAAUUGAAAAAGAUUUACAGGCCCUGGGCCGGCUGGUCCUGUAUGUGGUCAAGAAGGGAGGCGUUCAUUUUAAGGAGCUGGAGAUCCAAAGCGAUGAAGAGGUGUUUCAACGCUGUCCGGACGAGGAGAGUAGGGAUCUCAUUCGCCGCCUGCUUUGCCCUGGGGAAAACCAGCAGAGGCAACUGAGGAGCCUGCUGGACCACCCCUUCUUUUGGAGUUGGAAGAGACGCUACAGGACUCUCCGUGAUGUGGGAAAUAUAUCGGACAUCAAAGUGCAAAAGACGGAAAGCCACAUCCUGCAGCUACUGGAGCCAGGGCCAUCUGAACAGGCGACAAGUUUUGCUAACUGGACUGCUGAGGUUGACCCAAAUGUUAUGAGUAAAAUGAAUGGGUUCUAUGAAAGAAGGGAAAAGAGAAACAUACAAUCCAGAAGGAAUAAAAAGGUCCUGGUCUACCAGAACACCGUGGGCGAUCUGCUCCGUUUCAUCCGGAAUCUCGGAGAGCACAUCCACGAGGAGAAGAACAGAGAUAUCAAGUCGAUCAUUGGAGAGCCUUCCCGGUAUUUUCAGAAGACAUUUCCCGAUCUGAUGAUCUAUGUCUACACAAAACUAUACAACACAGAAUACAAAACCUACUUUUCCCAAACCCAGGAUCCUCACCAGUACAGAGACAAUGGAGUGAACGGCGAGCAGGGGAGAGGCCCUGAGUGCUGAGUAAGCCUUUCCAGUUCAGCGAUGAGUCGCUGGUUCGCUGCAUGUCCUCUGCAGGCUGUGACACCCUGGCCUCCACUACCGAGCCAAGUGGACAAUUGAGAGGCAGGAGUUGGAUAGGCGAUGCAUCAGUUCUUGGCAUGGUGGCACCUGACAAUCCAAUAACACCAGCUUAUACCCCAGGCACCCUAGGCCACUCUAGCAGGGAGAACCCUUGGGGGAGUGCCUUGGUCCUUGGUGCUGCCUGUGCUUCCUAAAUGAUCCCUUUUAGCUCUUCCAACCACCCUGCAAGAGAGGGUUUAGUAUCCCCACUUAAGAGCUGAGGGAGCUGAGGCUCAGAGUCUGAACUGCUCGACCAAGACCAGACAAUGUUUAUCAAGCACGAAUGAAUGGCUGUGGUGCUAUCUUGCCUCUCAACUGGGUGCCUGUGGACUAAACAACUGGCCUAGGACUUUUCUGGAUAAGACUCAAAAGGAAUUAGAGGAGCUCCAGGAAGUUUAUUCAUCCCCCCAACCCCCCUGUUCAUUCAGCACCUUGUCUAAUGAUCACAAUACUAACUGUACGGACCUCAUUCCUUCUGGAAUUGCCCACACUGGUUUUCCAUGGCCUUAAGGCAGAAGUUUCAACGGAGGGAAAUUUUGUUUGCCCCCACCUCCCCUGAGCUAUUAGCGAUGCCUGGAGACGUGUUUGGUUGUCAGACUGGGAUGGGUGGGGAUGCUCCUGGAAUGCAGUGAGCAGAGACUGGGAUGCCGGUAAUGUUCUAGAAAGCACACAGCAGCUUCCUGAGACAAAGAAUUCUUUGUUCAACAUGCCCACAGAACUAAGGGUGAGGAAUCUGCCACAAGGGGCUGGAAAGCCUCUUAGCUGACUGGGACCCCAGACGGUGGACGUGUGGA